CCUACUUCUGCACACUCCACACACACUCUCACACACACCGAGGACAUGCAGUGAAGACUUGAGGGGACUUACUGUUGGCUGCUUUCUCUGAACAAUGGCUCUUUUAACCACCAGCCUCCCUGGUCAUUUGACCUCACUGGCUGAAGAUGGAAACGAAAUACAACCUAAUUGCUCACGUGAAUCCGUCGACUGGUCCUUCACUUAUGUCCCAGCGUACAUCCUGUCCAUCUCUGUUUUGGGAAUAGUUUUCAACAUCUUUGUGCUGAUGGUCUUCAUCCUCCAUAAGAAGCCCUGCACCGUGGCUGAGAUCUACCUGAGCAACCUGGCUGCUGCUGACCUGCUGCUGGUCUCCUUCCUGCCCUUCUGGGCUGUCAGCGCUUGGAAUAAGUUUGAAUGGAUUUUUGGUCUUGCCAUGUGCAAAAUGGUCAACGUGAGCAUCCUGAUGAACGUUUACUGCAGCAUCUACUUCCUGGUUCUGGUUAGCAUCGAUCGCUAUUUGGCUCUGGUCCAUCCACUGUCCCAUGGGGGAAUGCGUUGCCCAAAAUGUGCUAAAAUUAGUUGUGGUGUGGUUUGGAUUCUGGGAUUAAUUCUUAGUGUUCCAAAAUUUAUCAACAGGAAAUUGGUAUCUCACAGAAAUAUUACUUCUUGUACUGAAGAUGAUUUAAAGACAACUGAGUUGAUGAUUUUGGUGUUAGGGUUUUUUAUUCCCAUUUCCAUCAUUUUCUUUUGCACUGUGAACAUCCUCAAAGCUCUGAGAAACAGAUCGAUCCAAAGAGUAAAGACGAGGAAAACGGACCACAAGGCCGACACUUUGGUGCUGGUCGUCCUGCUGGCGUUCCUGAUCUGUUGGGUCCCGUUCCAUCUGCGGGAAGUCCCGACCUGGCUCCACCAGGCCGGCAUCCUGACAGUCUGCACCUCUAAGGAAAUCCAGCACUUCUGUGGGCAGAUCUUCACCUACUUGGCGUUCUUCAACAGCGUUCUCAACCCCAUUCUCUACGUCAUUGUCGGAAGAAACUUCAGAGACAAACUGAAGGAACUCUUCAAGCAGUGGGACCAAAAACGCAGUGCGACCAUCAGCCGAACUACAAGUACAAUGCUUCUACGAAGCCUUAAAUCCCAACAAAAUAUUAUAAAUUAGAAUAUGAGUUUACUUUUUUUUUCUCCAUUUAUUUAGAGAAGAGACAACCAAAAAUAAACUUGUUAGCUGGAGGAAUGAUUACCAAUUGCAAUCUGUGUCAAAGGUAACAUCAAAUCAAGGCAAGUCAUUCAGUGACCCACAGAUUGAUCCUUUUCAUGUCUACAGGUCCAGUUUCAGAGUUAUCUUUAUGAGCUGAUGUACAGACAGUGAGACCACAGGGCCAACAGUUCCACAGAGAAAUUAAAGAAAUUGAAAAAAAUUACCUUGUUUCUGUAAAAGCUUUAACUUUUACAAGCCAAGGUAUACUUAUUCAUAUUUUUGUGCAACAAAAAAUGUAAGGAGGAUGUUACGAAUAUAUCAGUAUUGGAGUCCAGCUAAAACAAAGGGUGUGAUUAUUUACCAGUUCAGUUCUUUGUUUUUCUUUAUUCUGGUUAUUUGUCAACACGUCUUUGCAUGAAGUGAUAGAAAAACAUUUAUUCUACCACACCAAGUUUAUUUCAUUUUUAAGUGCUUUCAGAAUAAUUCCAUAACAACUCUGCUACAUAAUUAAACAGCAUGACCGCAUGUUGUAUAUCACUGAAAUAAUGAAAUAAUGGACUGAAUCAGGAUAAUGGAAGCAAUCUAUAGACGGAAGCAGAGUUUGGAUUGCAUUGGGAAGGCUCCAUAUGUUCUGCUCUGUUGCAGAGUUUCUUGUCAUGUAGCUUCAGAAAUAUAAACUUGUAAUCCAAGACUUAUUAACUUUAUCUCCAUGCAAUGUGUCAACAUUAGUACAGCUAGCUCAGGAAACUCAGUAUUUAUUCUUCUGAUAUAUUUAAAUGUCUUCCAAGCUGUUUUUCUGUCUUAACUUACUGCAGUUUGACUCAGUCACGCUGCUUCUGAGCAACACCUUGGCAAGGAUGGGCACAAACAGCUAAUUCUCACAUUUAGCUUGACCAUUGAUGAGUGUUCUGUUUAAGGGCGUUAUUAUUAUGGUUCUGGAAGAAUUGUUCUUUGUUUUGGUUUAAGACAGGAAUGCCCAAGUUCAGUCCAAGAGAGCCUCACUCCUGCAGGGUUUAGACACAUCCCUGCUCCAACACGUCUGGGUCAAAAGAGUGGCUACCAGACCAGACAGGAAGGACUGAUGAAGGAGUUCAGCCAUUUGGAUCAGAGGUGCAUCUAGAAGUUUCAGGAUAGAAGCAUCUUAUCUGAUGAUUUUGUUAAUCUGAUGUACAUGUCAUGGUAUAUUUUCAUUGUAAUGCUUAAUCCAAAUGAACUUGUGUAAGCUCCACGGCAGACAUCAGCCUCAUGUGUUUGACUCUUUGUGCUUCGUAUUAAAAAUGAUGUUCAUUCUGACUGCCAGACAUUUACUCUCAACUUUUACUGACCUGUUUGAGUGUCUUAUAUUGUAAGCUCUCAUAUUGUGUGCAUGUUAUUAAUAAACCUGAUUUUCACCUUAA